UUUGCCACGCGCGCGCGCCGAAACUCCGGCAGACCCGCCGGAACACCCAGGCCCAGCAGCUGGUCGGUCCGCUCGGGUUCGCGCAGCACUGGAGCUCCCAGUCCCCGGCGACGGUGCUCGCGGAGCUGCCGCCUGCGGAGGAUGUGCGGCUCCAUGUCGCCGCCGGGCGACAGCGCCCCCCACUCCUCUCCAGCAGCCGCAGGUACUGCACGCCGUCCAUGCGGCCCCCCGCCCGGCUCUCCGCCCGCGGGUCGCCGCGGCGCUCGGUGGCCGCCGCCCGCGAGGGUGUCCAGGUCCACUCCUGCAGGGGCACGCCUGAGGUGCUCCUGUGGCUCCCCGAAGUAUGCGCCCCAAGAGCUCACGGUCAUCGCCACGCUCUGAAGCUCUCCGUGGGGUACUUGGCGCAGUGCGGGCGCACGGCCCGCGUGAACACGCGCUGCGACCCGGACUCGUGCACGCACGUGGGGCUGGGCUCGCAGCAGAGGACGACAAGAACACGGGGUCGAAACGCAGCACGCUGGCGCUGCUCUCCUACUCCUCCAGCUGCCGCAUCAGCAUCACCUCCCCGCUGGUGACGGCAAGGGGUUCCGACAGCAGGCUCGCCACCGAGCCAUCGGUGAUGCGGUGCCAACGGGUAAGGUAGGCGUCGAAGAGGCUGCGCGCCAGGGCGGCGUGACGGUCGUUGAUGCCCCCACCCCACCAGUCCUCGUUCCGCGGGAUCCAGACCGCGCGGGCUUGGCCUUCGGGCAGCACGCUGAGGUGCACGGGGGCGUGCGGGGCCAUCCACAUGAGGUCGAUGCGCGACCAGACAACGUGCUCGUAGCGGCCUGCCCGCUGCCGCUCGUGGGUGGCGAUCAUCCGGUGGCAGGCGGCCUGCUGGAAGAGCUGGAGCAGGUUGCCGCCGACCUCCUCGAACAGUGGCGCGCGCCAGUUGCCCCACUGGCUCACGAACCGUUCCUGUACCGUCGCGGCGCCGAGCGCCACGGCCAGCUCCGCCAGGCACCACUCCUCAACCACCAGCAGCGCCCUCGCGGGCCCCAGCUCCACCGCCAGCGCGCUGACGGUGGAGCUCAGCUGGGACUCGUCGCCUACGGGCACGUAGCCGAAGAGGUCGGCGGAGAGGGCCCCGACGAGGUGGUCCCGGAUGCUGCGCAACCCCGCGGUCUGCUGCAUGGCGCGGAGAGGGCCGGCGACGCACACGGCCACCCUGCUGUGGCCGCCUCUGGCCGCGGGGGGCUCGCCCGCGGCAUCGGAGAAGAAGGCGGCGUCGGCCACCUCGGGGCAGGAAAUCCGCCGCGAGCGGGUCCAGGGCGCUCAGCCACCACGGGACGCAGACCACCGCAGGCCGGCCGCCCCGCGCCUGGCCCCGGCCGCCGACGCUGCACCGCAGCCCCGGCCUCGGCGCGAAGACCAUGGCAACCGCCGUGGUCGACGCCCGAGCUGGGCAACCACCGCGCCCCGCGGCGCGCCGCCCAGGUGCGCGGCCAGGCCCGCGCGUGCUGCCAGAGGCCCAGGGCCACGGCCUUGACACGAAGCCGCGGGACUCAACAUCGGACUGGGACACAUCCUGGUCGUGAAUCAAUUGGGGGGGUAUGACCCCAGACCCCCUCGAGUUGCGGAACCAAAUCACGACGCGAGGUUCUUUGCUACUCUUGGCCUUCGGGGGCCCGCACCGGGCCGCGGGACCGUCAACAAGCAACUCGGGAAGAGAAACCGGUCCUGGGGAAGGAGUCGAGACCUCCUAGGGUCGACGUCAUGGAAAAAUCAUGGCGUCAAGAGUCUGUGAAUGGGGGGGGGGCGAUGAACGUGCGCCCGUCGUACCCCUUUGGGGCCCAAGCGGAGCCCCUUAGGGCCCGCUCAGGGCACAGAGAGCGCAGAUGUUUG